AGCGCCGAGAGAGAAACACCGUCGCCAAAUGGCCUCAUCGGAGAAGCGGUGCUUAUACGAAGUCCUCGGCCUCAGCCGCGACUGCUCCGCCGAUGAAAUCCGCUCCGCGUACCGGCGCCUCGCCCUCCAGCGCCACCCGGACAAGCUCGUCAGGAGCGGCGUCUCCGAGGCCGACGCCACCGCCGCCUUCCAGGAGCUCGUCAACGCCUACGAGGUCCUCUCCGACGACCGCGAGCGCGCCUGGUACGAUUCCCACCGCAACCAGAUCCUAUUCUCCUCCACCUCCUCUUCUGCUGGUGGCGCCAGCGGCGGCUCAUCAGGUUUCGUCCCCGAUUUGUUUUCCUUCUUCUCGAAUUCGGUCUACUCCGGCUACUCCGACUCCGGGAGGGGGUUUUACAAAGUUUACAGAGAUCUGUUUGAGAAGAUCUACGCGAAUGAGUUGAAUUUCGCGAAGAAAUUGGGGCUGCCUCUGCCAAGGGAAGCUCCGGUCAUGGGCAAUUUGGAGAGUCCUUAUGUUCAGGUCACGGCAUUUUAUAGUUACUGGUUAGGGUUUACAACGAUACUGGAAUUCUUCUGGGCAGAUCAAUAUGAUGCUAUGGCUGGCCCAAACAGGAAGUCAAGGAGGUUAAUGGAAGAGGAGAAUAAGAAGCUGAGGAAGAAGGCGAGACGAGAGUAUAACGAAACGGUUCGGGGAUUGGCUGAGUUUGUGAAGAAGAGGGAUAAGAGAGUGAUUGAUAUGCAAAUAAAGAGGAAUGAGGAGAUGGAGAAGAAGAGAGAGGAGGAGAAGCAGAGAAAGAAAGAGCUGGAGAGACAGAAGGCUGAGAAGGCUAGGAAUUACGAGGAACCUGAGUGGGCUAAAGUAGAGGAGGUCGAGGAGGAGGAUGAGAGUGAAGAUGCCUUGGAGGAAAAGAAGAAUGAAUUCUACUGUGUAGCUUGUAGCAAGAAGUUCAGGAGUGAUAAACAAUGGAAGAAUCACGAGCAGUCUAAAAAGCACAAAGAGAAGGUGGCACAGCUGCGGGAAGCAUUCCUUGAAGAGGAUAUAGAAUGUGAAGCAGAAGUAGAUGCUGAUGAUGGAAGUGACAUUGGUUACUUGUCAGCAGAUGAUGGAGUAAGUAAACUAGGGGAGCAAUUUGAAGCAGGGAUUGGUAUUCAAGAAGAUGAUAGUGAUGAUGGACAGGAUAAAUCCGGUGAAGCAGUGGAGUUUGAGGAUCCUAAAGAUUUCAGUGGAAGGAAUGGAGUGGCAGAAGGAACGGGGUCAGAUGAAGAGGAUGAUGACGACAAUGAUGAUGUUGAUGAGGCGAGUGUAUUUGAAGCUAUGUUGUCGGGGCAUAGGACUAGGAACAAAGCAAGAAAUCAGCCUAGUGCUCCAGCUGCCAAAACUCAGAUGGAGUCUGACGGCGAUGAAUUGGAUUUCACAGACUAUAAUGACACGAAGGGUGAGGAUCCUAAAGAUUUCAGUGGAGGAAAUGGAGUGGCUGAAGGGAUGGAGCCAGAUGAAGAGGAUGAUGAAGAUAAUGAUGAUGGUGAUGAGGCGAGUGUCUUUGAAGCUGUGUUGCCGGGGCGUAGGAGUAGGAAUAAAGCAAGAAAUCAGCCUAGGGCUCCAGCUGCCAAAACUCAGACGGAGUCUGAUGGUGAUGAAUUGGGUUUCAUGGAGUAUAAUGACACAAAGGGCUCUCGAAGUAACAGGGGACGCAGGAGGCGGAGAGGGAGAAGACAAGAAGAUGUAGAACCAGCAAAACCUAGCACUGCACAGAAGAAAGAUAAGGCUGAGGAAGAUGAAGAGUGUGAUGGUGAUGCUACGGAAUCAAUAUCCGAACCUCUACCAGAAUCUGAGACUACUAGAACAGAAGAUGCUGUGAGAGAGAAGGUUCAUAAGCAUCAAGAGCAAGGUGCAAGCAAGAAAUUGCCAGCAAAGAAAGAAAAUGCUGCCAAGUCGAAAGCCUCAUCCAAAGGAAGAAAACAGAAGGUUUCAACAAGAGGUGCUGACAACAUGUGUGAGAAGUGUGGAGAAGAAUUUGAAUCCAAGAAUAAACUUCACAAACAUUUGGGAGAAACAGGUCAUGCCUCACUAAAGCGGUAACGAGCGAUCUAUUGUCAUCGAGCAGUAACAAAUAUGGGUGCUGAGUGUUACAAGAAAAGCCUAUGAAAAGGUAUUUACUUAUUUCAACUUGUGCAAUGCAAACUGGAGUUUUGAAGUUGUGAGCUUCAGUUUCUAAAUUUUGCAGUUGUGAGAAAAUUACAUGAACUGGGAAACUUAGUAGUUGUAAUUAGCUUAAGAAAGCCCAAGAAUGUUGUAGUUCAUAGGAAAAAUAUUUAAUUACAUCAUUGAUGCACCAAGCUUGGAUUCUUGUCAUAAAAACAUAAGGUCACUUUGUCUGUAUACUUAAUGUUGUUUCUAA